UAAUUCUGUUUUAAAAAUUCAAAACAUUUAAAAAUGUUUUACUGAAAUUGGAAGAAAUUUUACUUUAAAUCAUUGAAUGAAAAUACAAAAUUAAAAUGCAUUUAUUUUGCAAGAUAAGAGAGGAGAUUCAAAAAUAAAGGGUUUGCUUUGGACACAUUAAAAUCUUUAAGCCCACAUAUUUUUAAGAUUUUUUUGUUUGUUCAGAUACCUGGUCUGACAAUGAAACUAAAUGUAAUGAAUAAUACUAUGUCUUUUCUAAUUAAAACAUAAUUAGAAAAAAGUGUAGCAUGCUCCCAGCAGUUAUCCAGUUGCAUUUGUGUAUGAUGGUCUGCCAUCGAUUUAAUUACAUUUUUAAUAAAUUAAACUGUAUUCAUAAAAUGUAAAAAAAAAAGAUUUUUUUUAACAAAGUGGAUCAACAGACAUAUCCAGACAUCUAUUUAAAUUAAACCCUAAUAAGAAAGCCAGACGUUGUGGUGGCAAAGAAAAUCUCUAUGAGCUGACAUGAAGAAAAAAUCUUUGAGAGGAACCAAAUUAGAAAGGGAACAUGGGAUUUUUUCCCAUUACUGUCACAAACAAUUAAUUCUACCUAAAAAUGAAAAAAGUACCUAAAAAUGCUACUGUAUGAUAUGCGCGGUCGCCUCUCAUUCCUCUAUUAAGAAAGGGAUGGGUAUGCUGAUGUCUUUUAUAUGUUCUGUCUGAUUCCACAUCUUGCUAUGAAUGAAUGAGUAGUGACACUGCAGUGAAUGAUUGUUUACAUCGCAACAAAAGUUCCACCCGUAUUUCAAACAUAUAGUGCCAUGGGUCACAGGAAACAGGUGGAUAGGGAAGAAUGAAAGAAAGGAGUGAUUUUCCCAGCCAAGCAACUGGAUAAAACAACAUACUCAGCUAAACAAGAGAGCAGAGUGAUACCAUCAGCAAGAAAUAACAGCAAAGUGAACCCUAACCAGGGCAGAAAGUGGGCAAAGUCAUAAGCUGUGCAGGGGCAAAGUGACAUUGACAGUGGAGCAGGGAGGCAGAGUGACAUGCUUGAAAUGGCAGAGACAGUGGGUAAAGUAGCCAGCUGGGUAGGGAGGCAAAGUAUUGUACUUAAUGGAGCAGGAAGUUUAAAUUAUUAUUAGUUUAAAUUAUUUUGGUACAGCGUCAGUUCUAAGAAAGAAGCUGGUUAUUUUUCGUUGUCUGCUCAUCCCUUUUCAGUAUACAGAUUCUGAGUUGACCUUUCAAUCCAGUUUGUUGUCAAGAUUAAGACCAAGGUAUCCACAGGUGUUGGAAAAGGGGCUAAUUGUGGUCCACUUCCUCCUGUAGUAAACCACCUUUGGGGACCAAGGAGCAUGUUUCCCCCCCCCCCCCCCACCAUUCAAACAGUUGUUUAUUAGAUAGCUGUACUCCUCCUCCUAUCCAUCCCUCAUGUAUUCGGGCACCAGAGAGUCUUUAGAAGAUUUCUGAAGUUGAGAAAUAUCAGCGCUACUGAAAGUCUGCAGUGUGCUGUGUCAAACAGAAGGGGGAAAGCACUGGACUCCAAUAUUGACAUGCUUGUGAGUGUGCUGCAUCUUCUAUAAUUCAUUAGGACAUUCCAACAUUUAGCUCUGUCUAUUGAAUUGUUUCUGGUGCUCCCUUUUGGUUAAGUCAGUUAAAGUGCUAGUAACAUCUAAAAGAUUAGAUAUAAACCUAUAACAGUAGCCAUCCAGCUCUUUUAGUCUGGUCUUUAAUAUUUUACAAUUUCUAUUGACUUGCCCAUUUGGAAACAGACCUGCCGAAUGCUGAAGUAGAAGACAAAGUACCAUAUUUUUACCUAUCAAUAACCUGCUUAUCUUUAAGAAUUUAGGACAGCCCUCAGAUGUCCUAUAUGGUGCUAACAAUCAGUACUAUAAAUGAUAAUCUGGCUAUCAUAUAUUUUUAAACACACAAAAUUGUUUUCUGUCUGUAAGUGGUUUGUUGACUGUUUUCAGGAUCCAAAGAAGAUUUUAUCAAACUAAAAUAUUUGCUUAGGUUUUUAUAAACAACAUUAUUGCAUAAGGGAAGUAGCCACAUUCCUGGCAAUUUGUACUGCACAGCCCUUGGCUCCUCAGUGUGUGCUGUGUUGUCUUUUCUAAGAUCUAUUUUUGUCUCAUGCCUACUGUUCCUUGUUUGGGUUCAAUUCAAUAAUUAAUGUUAUUACAUGACCAGUCAUGUUCUGUUUUUCUUUUUGCAGGUAAUUCUGCAAAGCUGUGAAACUGAUUUGAACUGAAUUGAUGGUGUAUAAACCCUUGUUGACUCAUGACAGAUGAAAGUAUGACAUUUUAAUGUUCGAUUGCUUUUGGUUGAUAACAUUAUUGACUAAUUAAACAUGUUUCCCUUAGUAAAAGUCUUGGCUCAGAAUCAACACAGAUGGAGUUAAGGCAGCUUAAAGGUGAUUUUCUUGGAUUUGUGACAUCACUGGGCCUUAAAGAGUAUUACCCAAACAAGCUGACUCUGAGGUCUUUGCUGGAGAUCAACAGUGCCAGUGUAUCCGAUGAAGAGGUGCAAACACUGCAAGCAAUACCAUGGACUUUCUUACGCAAAUUACUGACUGUUAAUUCAAAUUCAAGAUCUUCAAUAAGUGUACAAGGUAAAAAAAAUGAAACCGAUGAUUUGUUUGAUGAGCAGGGCAGUGAUGAUACACCAAAUCUUCUUGAUCUCCACACUGCCCUUUUCGCUUGUGCUGACAGUUUCCUUCAGCAAGAAAUGGCACUUAAAAUGUCAAUGUGCCAGUUUGCUGUUCCAUUGGUGUUACCUCAAGGAGUACAUAAUAAAUGCACUUUAAUGUUAUGGGCCCUUAGAGGUAUCCUGAAAGAAUGGCGUCCCCAUUCAAUGUCAGAUUCUAAAGGGUUUGUUGAAGACAGUGUUGUUCAUGCAAAAAUUCCAUUGAUAUCAUUUGUGAGGCUUAGCAACUGCAGUUUGUCCAAAUCACAGGUUUUGAACCAAGUGCUCAACAAUUCACAGCAGCAUCAUGAUUUUUUUUCUCAUCAAAAAAUGACUGGAGGAUCUGCUCCCAGGAUAAUUGCUAAGGGAAUAGUUGACAUAUGCUGGAGUCUGCCAUGUGGAAACAAUAGCAUUGAUGUCUUUCCUGAGCCAGUGGCUAUUGCUAAUUUAAGAGGAGAUGUUUGCACUUUUGAAACCCAAUUCAGUUUCCUUACUCAGGUGUCAACAGCUGUUUUUGUGUUCUUAGACAGUGUUGAUGAUAAUGAACAAAGGCUGUUUGCCUCUUUACAAGAAAAGUCAAAAAUGUUCCUUCUGGUCAACUCUCAGACAAAUAUGAGCCAGAAAACAAAGUCAUCAAUUAAAGCAGCGUAUAAAGCUCUACAACUGGAAAGAGAUCACAUCAUUGUAAAAAGCCAAAACAUGAAUUUGGCUGCUUUUGCAAAGAUGAUCCGUUCUACCAUUAUACAUUUGCCAAGUAACAUGCUAAAAUCAUGUGAUAUUAAUUCAAUGAAGGGAAUUGCACGUGAAUUAGGUCUUUGCAUUGAUGAAAGUGAAAACAGAGCCUGUGUGUCAGCAGAACAAACAGCAGAGGAAAUCAUGAAAUGUAUUGGAGUUCGUCAAGUAGUAGAGUUUAAAAAGGCACGGUUGCCACUGCAAGGUGAAAACUGGAAAAGAUUGGCUCAGAUAGAAAAAGAGCAAUGCAGAUUACAACAUUCAGGAGAACUAAACUUAGAGGAGUAUAAAGCUCAAAUUCAAAAAGAAAAAGAUGAAAUACGGACAAAACAAACCCAGUACAAGUUGACAGAUUCAAUGGACAUAUUUAUAAAAGCUUUGUCAACCCCUGAUGACACUGAGCGAGCCUUUUUUCUCAGAUGGCUGGGACUAAAACUGGACAGGCAUUCACACAAACAGAUGUCACACUUACGGCACAAGUAUGCAUGGUGUGAACAAAAGAAAGGCAGAGAGGGUAUGGCACGAUUAGUCCAGGAACUUCUUGAUUGUUCGCUUGCCAUAGAGCACUACACGAGAGAAAUGGGACAAAUUUAUGAGGCUUUUUCAUUUGGCUCAAAUAAAAUGUCUGACAAAAUUCACAAUCUCCCUACUCUGGCUGCAAAAAUGCUUCUAGCUGGGUUUCCUCUUGAACUACUUGAUGGAGAUGCUUCAAAUAUUCCAGAGAAAUGGGUGCACGAUGUUCUCAUGGAGCUUCACAGGAUGGUUGGACAGAAGAGCCGUUUGCUGGUUCUGACUGUGUUAGGGGUUCAGAGUACUGGUAAAUCAACAUUGCUCAACACCAUGUUUGGAGUUCAGUUUGCAGUGAGCAGUGGACGAUGCACACGUGGAGCAUACAUGAUUUUUCUUCCUGUGGGUAAUGACUUGAAAGAGGAGUUACUGUGUGACUUUGUCCUUCUGAUUGAUACAGAGGGUUUGAAAUCACCAGCACUGGCACAACUGGAAGACAGUUAUGAGCAUGACAAUGAACUGGCCACAUUUGUGAUUGGUCUCAGUGAUGUAACCAUCAUCAAUAUCGCUAUGGAGAAUUCCACAGAGAUGAAAGAUGUCUUGCAGAUUGCAGUUCAUGCAUUUUUACGGAUGAAGGAAGUUGGUAAAAAAGCAGAAUGCCAUUUUGUCCACCAAAAUGUUGGUGGUGUAUCAGCAUAUGACAAAAACAUGACAGACCGGAAAAAGCUUCUGGACCAAUUAAAUGAGAUGACAAUGAUCGCAGCUGAGAUGGAAAAGCAGCCUAAUGUGAAGAAAUUCACAGAUGUCUUGGAUUAUGACAUGGAAAAGAAUAACUGCUAUAUACCAGGUCUAUGGCAUGGCACACCACCAAUGGCACCAGUUAAUACAGGCUACAGUGUGGCUGUUCUUGAUUUUAAGAAAAAACUCAUGGAGAGGCUUAAAGUAAGAAAAGAUGAAGAACCCUCCCAGAUCCCAGAGUUCCUGCAAUGGAUGAGUAGUUUGUGGAGGGCAGUGAAGUUUGAGAACUUCAUCUUCAGUUUCAGAAACACUCUUGUGGCUCACGCCUAUGACAAUCUUUGCAAAGAGUUUUCAGACUGGGAGUGGACUUUCAGGAGACAUAUUCUCUCUUUGCUUCAAACUGCAGAAGUUCAAAUAUCAAAUGCUAAAACCAGUUCUAUUCAUGAGGUUGUUGAACCAUUUAAGGAAAAGCUGGAUAAAGAGAUCAUGCUUCAGACAAAAGCAAUGAAUGAGAAAUUAAAAAACUACUACAAAAGGAAAGACCGUAAUGUUCAUUUGGUGGAAAAGUACAAAAUUGAUUUUGACAAAAGCAUUAAAUCUUUGGAGAAUAGAAAUAAGGAUGAAGUGAAAAAAAGAUUAGCUGUUGCUCUUGAGAUGAGAAGAAACAAAGAGAAAGUAGAAGAGAUACAGAGUAAGCAAGCUGAAAUGAUCGAAUGUCAAGUCCAAAAAUUGCUUCAUAGUUACAAUCAUCGUAAAGAUGUAUCUGAUGAGCAUCUCAAAACAGAUUUUGAAGGAAUGUGGAGAAAAGAGUUAGCAAACAUCACUGGUCUAAAAGAAAGGGACAUUUCUGCUGAAAUAUUUAAGCAGUUCCUAGCAAGUUUGGGAAAUCAGAACUUCAAUGAGUAUUUACAGAAAGUCAAUAAUUUGUCACAAUGUGGGCAAAAAGAUUUUAAAAUCAAGACGAAACAUGUAGAAAAGGGCAAAGGCUUUGACAAAUGUACAGCUGUUUUUAAACUAAAAAGUGCACAGCACGAUUUGGAGGUUAUUAAAGUUGGAAUAAUUACCAGUUGCUCUAGGAUGAUUGAACAGUUUACACAAUCCAAAAGUGACUACCAAGAAACAUUUACAAAAGAUGUGCUUGAUAAAAUUGAUGAACACCUCAAAAAAGCAGGUUCCAAAUACAAUACCAAAUUUGAAUUUGACCUGAAAGUACACAUUUGUGGCAUUGCCUCUCGGAAAUUCACAGAUAUGCACAGGAAGUAUCUUGCUGAUCAAGAUCCAGCAAAACAUUUAGAGAAAUUUAAGAGUCAGUAUCUCUCUGAUUUCAUUGAUUUGUACAGAGAGAAGGACCAAUGCCGGAGAAAAGCGCAAGACUUCACUCAGCUCUGUCUUAAACCAGCAGUAACAGAGUACCUUGACCAGUCCCUCGGAUCUGACAUUGUUGAUGCAGUUUUGGAGAAUAAAACUACUGAGUAUAGUUCACGAGCACUGUUUCAGUACACUGUCCUGAAUGAGCUACUGGAAGAGUCAAACUUUAAUGACUAUCUAGAAUACAUUUUGCUUUAUGAGAAUUAUGUCAAAUGCUGGAUAUACAAACACAUCAUUAAAUGCUUUUCUAAAGACAUAUCUCUGCAAAAGCUAAAAGAGAAGAAGCUGAGCAUAAUACUAUCAAAGCUCACUAAAGCAGUGGAAACAUCUAAACUUAAAGCCAAUGGCUGUCCUUUGCCCAAUAAUGCUGAAGGUACAGCAAUUUUUAUCCAGAAUCUUUGCAAAGCUAUGAAUGAUGUCUUCUCAAUAUCCAUGAACACCGUGGAAGGGGUCCUGUUUCAGAACACAAGCUGUUGUGAUUCAUUUACCAAAAGUCUCUAUGAAUGUGUUGAUAACAUGAAACAGCAAAUAGCAAAAAAGAUCUCAGAGUCAACUGAUAUCACUGAGACUUUGAAUUAUGUGUCAGUAAAACCCCAAGAUGAGCUUUUUAAAAGGGUGUUUGGGUGUGGAGCACAGUGUCCUUUUUGCAAAACACCAUGUGAGGCAGGAGGAAAAGAACAUCAGUUACACCAUGCAGCUGUGCAUAGACCACAAGGACUUGUAGGCUAUAGAUACAACAAGAGUAAUAAACUUUUUAAAGAAAUGUGUACAUCUAGUGUACAUCGCCUUAGAAAUUUUGCAAAUCAUGAAACAAAUUUAACAUUUCAUCCCUAUAAAGACUACCAGAAAUACUACCCUGACUGGCAUAUUGCACCUGACAUGUCUAUAGAAGCCUCAGAUUACUGGAAGUAUGUGCUGGUGACAUUCAAUAAGCAAUUUGCUGAAGUUUAUGAAGCAGAGCCAGCUGUUUAUCCAGAUGCAUGGAAUAAAAUCACUAAAGAGCAGGCUUUUAUUAGUCUAAAGUGCAUGUUUAAUAUUAAAUAAUGUAUAAAAACCUAGAGGAAUAAUACCAAGCCUAAAACCAGUCCUUACAAUUUCAUUACUAAUGUUAUAGCUCAGGGGCAUCAGAAACCUGAAGUGCUAAUUAUGGCUGACAUUUUAGCCAUCUUUUUACUUAUAAUCAAUAUUAGUAAGUGAUUUUGUUUAUAAACAUUAUAUUUCUAUGUUUGCAAUGAUUUAAACAUAGUUUUUUUGGCAAGGAUUUUAUCAUAAUUAGGUGAUUGUACUAUAUUUGUAUCUGUGAUGUUGAUUCAAAUGUUUUAAUUAUGUCUCAUGUUACUUUAUUGACAUCUAGUUAAAGUUGUUCAAACUUUAUGAAUGUUAGAAUUAUGUAUAGUAACUACUUUAAAUGAAGGCUUUUUUCAGAAUAAAUUCUAUGAAUUUUAUAAUAUAUUAAUUAACUAACGAUUACUGUUUAAAUGACAUACCAUAACUAUAUCAAUCUGUUAAUCAAACAAGUUUACUGUGUCACUGCAAUGUGACUAAACAAAUAAACUAAUUUAAGGUAAAUAAAUUGAUAAUUUCUCAUAUUCUUUUAACUCAACACUGUCAUCAUACCAGUGGUAGAUGAAGUACAUAAAGCAUGUACUUGAGUAAAAGUAAAACUGUCCCUUUAAACCUUCCCUCGAGAAAAAGUACAAAAGUAUUUAUCCUCAAAUGUACUUAAGUAUCCAAGUAGUAUAAUUUAUUAUGGUUAUACUGUCUUAUUAUGAUUUUUAUCACAAGACUCUUGCUUAAUCAACUAGUUUAUGUAAAAAGACUUCAGUGUUGUUCUUAGCACACCAAUCUAUUAAUAGAAUGAAAUUAAUGAGUCAAAGACUGAUAGCUAUUAAAAUUUAUCAUUAUUUCAAAACCUUCCUUUUUAACGACUUCAAAAUAAUCCCACAUGUAAGGCCACAGGUGCUGUGGCAAGUUAGAGUCAGCAGUUUCUUCCAUCAUGUAUUAUUCUUAAAAUGUUAAAUUAACCUUUAUGACAAUCUUAACUAAAGGUAACCAAAUUAAUAAGUACUGUUUAACUACAUUCCAACUAGACUAGUUAGGUUGUAAUUUUAUUUUUGUUUGCAAGUUACACACAUUAUGAUACACUACAUUCGAUAAAUUCUAAUGUUAUGCAAGCUAAAAUAAAUAUUGUUGCUCUAUGCCUAAAAGCAUAGCGGGCAACACAUAACCUGUGAUAUACACUGAACAAAAUUAUAAACUCAAAUAUCUCAGACUUUUUCUAUUUACUCAAAAGGCCUACAUUAAAAAAAAUUAUAUGUUGGUCAACAGGUUCCACAUAACUCAGUUAGGAUGCAUUUAAGUAACAAUAUUUAUUUCAGUAAACAUAAGUUAAUUACACAUAGUUAAUGCAAUGUUUAGUAAAAUCAACUUAACAUUCUUAAUUAAGUUUUAAUAUAUUAAGUUAAUUAAGUUGAAUUUUUCUAAAAUUUAUAUUGUUGCC